AUGGGAAGGGCACACAAGGGAAAAAAAGGGACACCGGCACUAUCGAAAAAUGUGCUGAGAGCUCUAAAUAUAAUUAUGGCAGUAGGUUUUAUCAGUGCAGUUCCACAGAUUUUAACAACAGUAAUGACAACAUGGAGAGAAGCAGAACCGAUAGAAUACAAAUACAUGUUCAGGGGAAGUGAACAUUCUCUAUUCGUUGAUUAUACAUACUACGGAUUGUAUAAAGUGAUUUAUGAUGAUAAACAUGUUGAAACGUGGACACAAAGAGUACAAAAUAUGAGAAGUAAAGGUAGUGAAGGUAUCCAAGUGGGAAGAAAUAGUGAAUCAGCUGGAAGUUUAUCUUUAUGGACUUCAGCAUGUCAAGAAGCAUGUAGAGAUGCAAUUAUAAGACGUAUGGAAGCAUAUGAAAGAGUUUCAUUUAUUUCUUUAAUACUUUUGUGUGCGAUUGUUUUAUCAUGUACUCUUAUAAUAUUAUGUAUUGGUUGGAAUAUUCUUUUUUCAAAAAGUAUACUCAUUUCAAUGGCAUCGUUUAUGCUUUCUUUUAUUAUAAAUGGAGGAAUAGGUACAUACUGGUAUUAUGAAACUGAUUUAUCAUGGAACAUGGUUACCAAAGCUCAGCAAUAUCCAUUCCCUAAAUGUUCCUAUUGUUUUUACAUUUUUAUGAUUACUACUGGUGUUUAUGCCCUAUGUUUUCUUUCCUUAUUAAUAUUAGACCUCUCUAGUAAAAAUAGUCAAAAGAAAUCACAUCUAGAACAUAUAAAUAUGCAUAAUAAAAAUGCAAUGAAUGCUAAUAAUUUCUAUCAACCACUCUUUGAUAGUCCAAGUAAUAUGAUGGUUCCUAGAAGUGCAAGUUACAGUAACAUUAUGCCUUUUGGAAAACCCACAGGAAUGAUGGGUCCAAGUGGAAAUAAUUUCCCCAACUUUAUGGAAUUCAAUAAAAUGAAUAUGAAUUCGAUGGGAGUAAUGAAUCCUGGUGGCUAUUCUCCUUUUGCAAAUGUGCCACCUGGUGUGGGUUCAACGAUGCAGAAUACUCUCUCCCCUAGAAUGGGUUCUAAUAUGCCUCCUGGAAUGGGUUCUAAUAUGACUCCUGGAAUGGGUUCUAAUAUGCCUCCUGGAAUGGGUUCUAAUAUGCCUCCUGGAAUGGGUUCUAAUAUGCCUCCUGGAAUGGGUUCUAGUAUGCCGCCAAAUAUGAGUCCAAACUAUUUUCCACAAAUGACAAGACAAUACUCCUACUCAGGACCACAAUCCUUUCAACAAAACUUCCCAAACUUCAAUUCAUUUCAAGAUAAAAAAAUGCCUGAUAUGUCUAGCAUGUAUUUCCCGCGACAACCUUCAGCAAUGGAUUUCGACAAUAUGAACAAUCCCUUCAGCGCCAAGAAGCCAUUUAAAUUUUGA